AUGGACACGGAGAAGACCCAGACUCAAGAUCAGCAGGACAGCGUCCAUCUGCCUUCCACCUCCACCGCCGAGAUCUAUCAAUCCCACAUUGCCUCGAUGAUCCAGGAUGCCGUUGCAGGUUACAACUCGAUCUCCUGUUAUCGAUAUAGUAUACCGGAUAUCAACCCGAAUACAUCCGACCUUCCUCGGAACGACCUUUCCAAUUUUGCUCUCAUCGACAAUCGACCACCUUCUCCUUUUCUAUCCCCAUUAUCUCAUAUUUUCUCUCAAUAUCUCACUCGACAACCCCCGGCGACUUCUUUUCCUAUUCGACAAACAACCCCGUUCAACCAACCUCAUCCAAUGUCAACAUCGACAGCAUCCGAGAUCACCCCCAGAACCAAAUUUCUCCAACAACCGAGUGUCUACAAAACUGAUGUUGAACCACUUGCGGCCGACGGUUCCAACUUCGACAAAUGGAAACAAGGUCUCACUCAAAUCAUCCUUCUCACUCUUGGACACGCCAACUUCUUCGACAAAUCGGACAACUAUUCCAAACUUUCAGACCAGGAAAAUACCUGCCUCCUAUUCCUCAUCCAAAUCACAAUCCACGACGAACUCGCAUCCCUUGUCGAUCAAUACACCAAGGGCACCGAAGCUUAUGAUGCCAUACAGACCAAUUUUCAAGGGACGCUUCGUUUUUGUCAAAUGGAACUCGUCGACAAAUUACUCGAACUGCGAGUUUCCGGUCCAUCCACCGAGCCCGCUCAAAUCCCCAGCCUUUUCAACAAGAUAUUUGAGACGUUCAGCAGUCUACACAAGGUUGGUGCGGGCCUGCCACCCCUCGUCAAAAGUCUCAUUCUUCAAGCGGUUGUUCCUGCGCCCUUGUCAAUGUCUAGAUCUCAACUUUUUCAAAACAUAUCUCUCCAACUUGGCAAGAAACCAGAUGUCACAGCUCGCGACAUUCAAACUAUCAUUACAUCCGCUUAUGGCGAAUCCCUUCGCUUCGACUCAUCACCAUCGCCAAAUGUAUCCGUCUUCCGAACCUGGCCCAACCAAAAUCAAUGGGCGACCUCAAACCAAAAUCUGAUCCGACCUCCUCGUCAAAAUCCUUUUCAACAAAAUCAAACAGGGUCACAACCUCUAACAUUGGCAACCAACAACAAUCGUCAACCCAAUGUGGGCAGACCUGGCCACCCAACCAUCAAGGACAUCGCCGCGGCGAUCAACAACAUUCGGAAGGGCAACAGAGGCCCUAGCGACCCCAACAUAUUCAUUGGCAAGCCAUGCUCAUAUUGCGGUGUGUCAGGACACUGGAGAUCGUCUUGUCCGACACUCCGCAGAGAUGCCAAUCUGCCUCCUCCCGACACAUCAACAACUAGUCGCCCCGCUUCCGGUUUCGCCCGCCAGACAGCACCCCCGAACGACCCAGCCAUUGGCACGAAUUCUAAUGCAGCAGUUAGAUCGACGGUGGCCGCGGAUGCGACGGGUGCUGGAGGCGCAGGCACGGUUUUGGAUUCUGCGGCUACCCACCACAUGAGCGGAUCUUUCCAUCUUUUUUCUAAACUUUCUUGUCUCCGUCCACCACUCAAACUCAAUCUCGCUUCCUCUGAUGGCUCCAUGACCGCAACACACAGUGGUCACCUGAAGAUAACCAAUGGGGUUGGUUCCCUAAUGAUCCCGCGAGUCCUGUACAGCCCGGAAAUGACGGGAACAAUUCUUAGUCUAGGACAGCUAAUCGAUUCAGGCUUCAAACCUUCCUUCCUACCGAACAAUGACAUUCUUUUAACGUCCUCUUUCAUUUCUGUCGUUGCUCAAUACAUUAACCGUUCCUGGCUCAUCUUCCCCGCGUCUUGGCACCACAUAUCCAACUCCAUCAAAUCGGCUUCUGCUAAUUCUCCACCUCAGAUCUCUUCCCCUUCCUACACAUCAUCCCUGACAUGA